AUAUACUCGUUUAUAAUGUAACCACAAAUACUGGCGUAUUUAAUUGAUGCCCUUUCUAUAUUUAAUAACUUUAUGGUUACGGUUUGGGUUAGAACUAAGAUUUUAAAUUGGUAACACUGGUAAGAAUGAUACGUGUUAAAAAGCAACAUUUGUCGAAAGAUAACAAAACACGAUUAAAAAUUUAUAACAAUCAUGAGUACAAAAGAAGUUGUUAGCUUCACAGAUUUAGAACCGCAUAUUCAAAAUCUGAUAAAAGAAAGCGUUGCGGUUCGUGAACAGUCUUAUUCACCCUAUAGUAAAUUCAAAGUUGGAGCUGCAAUACUUUGCAACGACGGGUUCAUUUCCACGGGAUGCAAUGUAGAGAAUGUAUCUUAUCCUGUUGGCAUAUGCGCUGAAACAGCGGCUAUUGCGAAAGCAAUAUCAGAAGGAAAAAGAAAGUUCAAAGCUUUGGCCGUAGUAGGCAACAAAGACAAGGAUAAUUUUAUCACACCGUGCGGUUUGUGUAGACAAGCUAUGGCAGAGUUUGGCGAUAUAUCAGUUUAUUUGUCAGAACCUGAAAUGAAAAGUGCAUUACGAACUACAGUAAGCAGUCUAUUACCUCUUGCUUUUAAUAAUUUCUAAGGUAUCUGUUUUAUAUUUUAAUCUUUGCUAAAAAUAAAGAUUAAACUUUCAAAGAGACUUUAAUACAAUGCAAUACUGAAUUAAUCCCUUCCUGUAUAAAAUUAUG